AUGGCAAUGGCAAACAAUGAAAAACGAUGUUUUACGUGUGGGGAAAAUACUACACAUAGUUGUGAAGGAUGUCCGAAAAGGUUUUGUCCAAUACAUAUGCCAGAACAUCAACAAAGUUUAGUUAAAGAAUUAAAUCAUAUAAGUGAUGAUUAUAAUAAAUUUAAACAAACAAUUAAUGAACAAACACCAAAUUUACAUGAUCUUGCUUUAAUAAAUGAAUGGGAAAAAAAUUCAAUUGAAAUAAUUCAACGAAAAGCAAAAGAAUGUAGAGAAAUUGUCAUUAAAUUAUCACAAACACCUUUAAAUGAUAUUGAAAAGAAAUUUAAUGGGUUAAAUGAACAAAUACAACAACAUCAGAAACAAAAUGACUUAAAUGAAAUUCAAUUAAAUUAUUUAAGAAAUCAAUUAAGAAGAAUGUCACAAGAAUUCAAUAAUCCAAUAAAGAUUUCUAUUGAACAAUAUUCGCAAACAUUUAGUAAUAAUAUUUCAAUUAUUUUAUCAAAGAAACUAAAAUUCAGCAAAUGGAAACAAAAUGCCAUUACUGUGGCUGGUGGAAAUGGAAAAGGACAACAAUUUAAUCAACUAAAUUGUCCUGCAGGAAUCUUUAUUGAUAAAAACAAAAAUAUUUUCAUUGCUGAUCAUUGGAAUCAUCGUAUUGUUGAAUGGAAAUAUAAUGCAAAAGAAGGAGAAUUCAUUGCAGGUAGAAAUGGUAAAGGAAGUCGAAUAGAUCAAUUGAACAAUCCAAAAGAUGUAGUUAUCGAUCAAGAAAAUCAUACGAUCAUUAUUGCUGAUCUUGGAAAUAAACGGGUGACUCAAUGGUUAAAUCGACAACAACAAUAUCUCAUUAAGGGUAUUGCUUGUUAUGGUUUGGCAAUGGAUAAAUAUGGUUAUCUUUAUGUUUGUGAUAUUGAUAAGAAUGAAGUAAGACGAUGGGAGAUGGGUGAAUACAAAAAUAAAGGAAUUGUAGUAGCAGGUGGAAACGGAAAAGGAAAUCAACUCAAUCAACUCAACUGUCCUACUUAUAUCUUUGUUGAUGAAGAACAAUCUGUUUAUGUAUCAGAUACAAAUAAUCAUCGUGUGAUGAAAUGGAGAAAAGAUGCAAAAGAAGGAAGAAUUGUAGCUGGAGGAAAUGGUGAAAGAUCAAGUCUUCAUCGAUUGUCUCGACCUCAAGGAGUAUUUGUUGAUGAUUUGGGUCAAAUCUAUGUAGCAGAUUGUGAUAAUCAUCGAGUAAUGCGUUGGUGUGAAGGAAAAGAAGAAGGUGAAAUUGUUGUUGGUGGAUAUGGUCAAGGACAUCAAACAAAUCAAUUAAAUUAUCCGUGUGGUUUAUCUUUUGAUGAUGAAGGAAACCUUUAUAUUGCUGAUAGAGACAAUAAUCAGAUUCGAAAAUAUGAAAUAAUUUCGUGA